AUGUACGAUUUUUCACCAGACCAACGGCCUGAGUAUAUUGCACGCGGUAUGCUUGCUUUCGUUUGCCUUACGCUGGUGGCGUUUGAAGUACUUUGUGGACAUACGGCCUGGAAAAGGCAGAGCAUGGUUACUAUUCAUCUUUUGCUUUCUGUGGCUGCACACGAAACGACAAUGAAAUCUCCAGGAAGUGCGCUGCGUAAUGAAGGCGGCAAUGUUUUGCCGUUCGGUGAUGCCACUAUGGGGUAUUCCAGGUGUCUAGAUACACUCAGAACGCCGGUGCUCGUGCGACGGAGGAAUAACCAGAGCAAGUUAUCUUCCGUAUCUUUUUUAUGGGGUCAGAAUAAACACGACACCCAGGUUGCCGUUCCAAUGCGCGAUAAGCUGGUGAGCCAAGCGGAACCCAAACAGCGAGCAAAAGGCAAGACGGCAGGUAUGGGACAGGCAGCCAGCGGCACAGGACCUUCUUGCUUGCGAUGGGAGCACUGUCAGUUGCUAAGAUCAAUUGAAAUUCGUAUACGCUGUGAAUUCAUUGUCUUUGAUCCCAUCGCCGUCACACCAGCAAAAGCUGAACGGCCAGGAAAGAAUGGCACGACGGCCUUGUGUAAACUUGGACUCAACAGUGUGAUCCUUAGGAUCAUUACCCAUAUAAGAAUGUGCGUCUUACGGAUUCUCUGCAAAUGGGCUAUUCGUCGUGAAGAUGCCGCCACAUGGCCAUGUUAG